ACCCCAACAUACUUCCUGGUUCAACAGCGUGUGCACACGUUGAAAUGUCAUCGUGAACACUAAACAAUCCGCAAAUUUAGCUACAUCUGUUAUAUGAUUCGGGUCGUUAUUUCAAGCAGUUCUUCUGACUUUUUCCGUCAAUCGGAGGACGCACAGAGAUGAUGAAGGUUUUCAUAACAAGACGCAUCCCACAGGAGGGAAUGAAGAUUCUGUCACAGGCUGGAGUAUGUAAAGUGUCACUGUGGGACUCUGAUGAGCCUGUUCCGAGGGUGGAGCUUCUGAAGGGCGUGGAGGGGGCCCAUGGGCUGCUGUGCCUCCUGUCGGACAAGAUCGACACAGAGGUCCUGGACGCAGCAGGUCCAAACUUGAAGGUGAUAAGUACCUUGUCUGUCGGAUUUGACCACAUGGCCAUGGAUGAAAUCAAGAAACGAGGGGUGCGUGUGGGCUACACUCCAGACGUCCUGACUGAUGCCACAGCGGAGCUGACCGUCGCCCUGCUCCUGGCUACAGCUCGGCGGCUACCAGAGGGCGUGGUGGAGGUUAAGAAUGGAGGCUGGAGCACCUGGAAACCUCUGUGGUUGUGUGGUUAUGGUCUGUCAGGCAGCACUGUCGGUGUCAUUGGACUGGGACGCAUAGGUAUGGCCAUAGCCAGGAGGCUGAAACCGUUUGGAGUGAAGAGGCUCCUGUACUCUGGAAGAACUGCCAAAUCCUAUGCUGCUGAGGUGGAGGGAGAAUACGUGCCCUUGGACACGCUGGUGUCUGAGAGCGAUUUUGUCGUGGUGUCCUGCGCCCUCACACCAGAGACCCAAGGCCUGUGUAACAAGGACUUCUUCAGCAAGAUGAAGAACACCGCUGUCUUCAUCAACACCAGCAGGGGUGCAGUGGUGAAUCAGGAGGAUCUGUACCAGGCUCUGUCCAGUGGUCAGAUAGCUUGUGCUGGGCUGGACGUCACAACCCCAGAACCACUCCCCACCGACCACCCCCUCCUCACCCUCAAAAACUGUGUGGUCUUGCCCCACAUUGGCAGUGCUACCUACUCCACACGUGGCAUCAUGGCAGAGCUGUCCGCAAACAAUCUGCUGGCAGGCCUACAGGGCACAGACAUGCCCAGCGAACUCAAAUUCUAGUGCUGCUCUACAACUUCUCAAUUCUGCCUCGGUCCUCCUGUUAGAAUGAUUUUCUUAUCAACCAAUCAUUAGUCAUUACCAGGGAAGGUAAAAGCCGUAAGUGACCAGGGAGGAAUCUGUGUUAAGAUUAUUGCUGUUCUAUUAAAGGAAAGAUUCACCCAUUUUGAAUGUUAUAUAAUUUUUGUGCAUCUCUGAGCGAUGUUCUAUCGAUUCCUGAGGAUUUUCAUGUGUUUUCAUGUGUAUCUGAGCUAUUCGCUGUUCAAACAUGCAGAAAUACAGCCGGUAUGACGUCUUUAGUGUCAUAGAAAUACAGCCGGUAUGACGUCUUUAGUGUCAUAGAAAUACAGCCGGUAUGACGUCUUUGGUGUCAUAGAAAUACAGCCGGUAUGACGUCUUUGGUGUCAUAGAAAUACAGCCGGUAUGACGUCUUUGGUGUCAUAGAAAUACAGCCGGUAUGACGUCUUUGGUGUCAUAGAAAUACAGCCGGUAUGACGUCUUUAGUGUCAUAGAAAUACAGCCGGUAUGACGUCUUUAGUGUCAUAGAAAUACAGCCGGUAUGACGUCUUUAGUGUCAUAGAAAUACAGCCGGUAUGACGUCUUUAGUGUCAUAGAAAUACAGCCGGUAUGACGUCUUUAGUGUCAUAGAAAUACAGCCGGUAUGACGUCUUUAGUGUCAUAGAAAUACAGCCGGUAUGACGUCUUUAGUGUCAUAGAAAUACAGCCGGUAUGACGUCUUUAGUGUCAUAGAAAUACAGCCGGUAUGACGUCUUUAGUGUCAUAGAAAUACAGCCGGUAUGACGUCUUUAGUGUCAUAGAAAUACAGCCGGUAUGACGUCUUUGGUGUCAUAGAAAUACAGCCGGUAUGACGUCUUUAGUGUCAUAGAAAUAAAAAUAAAAUUUGUCCUUUCAGCUGUAUUUAUGCCUGCUUGAAUGGCAUAUAGAUGCACAAAAACUGGGUGAAUGUUUCCUUUAACAUGCUCUCCCAACAUGAAGGUAAACUUCUGCCUCUUGCUCUUACUGUUUUACAAGAAAUAACUAACUUCUAAAAUGUUACUUGAAAGAGGAAGUGUAUAGUAUUAGCGUUUUGAGAACAUGCCUCAGUACACUGAACAGUACUCCUAAGGGUCAGCCAUGACUUCCUUUUAAGGAUGUAGAAAAGCACUACAAUGUCUCUGCACACAAUUCAUUACUGGCCUUCUUGUUCUUAUGAAACACUUGAUCAAAUUGUGUAAAACAGUAGUUGUAAUGUUUUCUAUUGUUCUCAUGACAGUUUUGUGUUAACAUAUUGAGAUAUGGAUCGCCAUUGUCUAUUUGUGCAUAAUUCUAAGAAACACUAUCUCUAAUUAAUCUAUGGUAAAACACCUCGCCUAUAAUCAUUGUUUGUUUCAAACCAGCUGAUCACUCCCUCCCUCUAUCAUGGUCUGUCAUUCUGGCUUGGUUGAAUAAAGUAGAAAUGUUGUACAGUA